UAUUAAUAUUACUUAGGACAUGGAGCAAUUGUACCUCUGCUCAGAUCGCAUCGAGUGCCGAGCCUUUUCAUUUCAGGAAGUCCUUGAUUGGCGGUUCCUCAUCCCUGGAGAUUUCCUUCUUGUUUCUUUUGUCAAUUGCACUUAGUGAACAGCCUCUAUUGAAUUAUCAGUACAGGAGGCCAAAUGCGAAUUCUGUAUGAGCUAGGUGUUGGAUGUUUUGUUCAAUUCCACAAAUAAGCUGCACUCCUUGUUAUGAUGUCAGUUGUUACUGUACUGUUAAGUACCUCGGCAAGUCUACUGUUGCUAGUUCAUCACCAGUACAACACCCAACCUGGAUCCUUUGAGACCUACCUCUGAGGGUGAGCUAAAUUCAGCAGAUGUUUCCUUGCAUCGUUGUGUGUUAGAUUGCAUUUGUACACACUUUUGUCAUAGUUUCUCUAGGAAUCUUCAUCAGGAUUCGGUUAACUGGAGUAUUGGUAUCAGAUUAGUGCAUAUUUUGAAGCAAGGAGCUAUUGACUUUUGAGAAACACUUCCAACUAGAUCUUGAGUUGAUAAUUCAUCCCGUUGAAUUGGGCUUGUUUCGGGUCUCAGUUAGUUGUGCAGUGAGAUCAAAAUGCUCUUCAGCAUCUAUGUUUCCUUGCUUUCUCUGCCUUGUUAUGAUAGCGGUUUUGUUGAUGCGGUAUAUUUGAUGAAUAAGGCUGUGAAGCCCAUCCAUCUUAUCACUACUGGUUUUGCCUUCGUCUGUGCUGCAGCAGAAAACUAACGGUUGAUUUUGCUGAAUCAGCCAGGUUACUAGUUCCUAUUUAGUAAUUUCUCUUUUCCGGUCGACUAGUGAAGAGG